AUGCCUCCCUCUCACAAGCAACCCCCCCGCGCUCUACUAUUGCUCCCACCUGCGCCAAAUCCACCAUCCUAUGCCGCCCUUAAGGCAGCCUAUAAUUCGCCAUUAUUCACCGUUCUCAAGCAGUUGGCUACGGCUCCACGCACGGCGCAGGAACCCGCCCUGCUCGACAUUGUAUUGCCGUGUCCCCAUCUGUAUGGCCGUCUUGACGCGCCAAGAGGCCCACACUAUGCAACUACCCAGCAACUGGUAGCUGACCUAUACAAACUCAUCUGCAUCACCGCCACCCAGAACGCAAUCGAUACCGAGGAUGCAGAAGGCAUCGAUGCUCGCGUCAUCCUGGUUGCCUAUCCCAGAGACGGCCAGCUGACAACGCCCUUGCCAGACUCUACUCCAGAGCAGGAACUGCAGGGCCCUGCCAUCGAUAUACAUGCACUUGCUACGAGCUCCAGGUCAUGGGAUGCCAUCUACUCGGUUGAAAGCGAGCAAGGCGAGGGUGUCUUGAACAAGUUCCUCUCCUUCUCAAAAACCCAAAGAAGCGUGUCACGAGUUCGCGGCGGCAUAGUGAGUGUGGAGAGAUCAAUGCCGGAUACGCCAGCUGUACAAGCACCGAGCGCCUCUGUUAACCACCUCUCCGUUGCAGUGGGUGGGACUUUUGAUCAUCUUCACAUCGGCCACAAGCUGCUGCUCACCAUGUUCGCCUUCAUGCUUGGGAGGAGCCAAAAACCGACCACACUUACCGUCGGAAUCACUGGCGACGCACUGCUCAAGAACAAGAAAUUCGCCGACUACCUAGAAAGCUGGAAACGCCGCCAGGAAUCUGUACACGACUUCCUCUCAUCUCUCAUCUAUUUUGGACGCGCUGAUGAUGAACGUAUCCAAGUCCACGAAGUCAAUGAUCCAGGGCCAAACGGACAUGCCGUCCACGUCAGUUAUCCUUUCGGUCUUACCAUCAAAUAUGUCGAGAUCUGGGAUCCUUUCGGGCCCACCAUCACUGACAAGGACAUCACUGCGUUGGUCCUUUCACUUGAAACGAGGAGUGGCGGCGCUGCAGUGAACAGCAAGCGCAAGGAACAAGGAUGGGAGCCCCUGGAGGUCUUUGAAGUGGCGGUUCUUGAUGCCAGCGAAGAAGACAACGUGGAUGAAACAUUCCAAAGCAAGCUGAGCAGCACAGAGAUUCGUCGGAAGCGAAGUGAGCGCACUCAGUCCACGACCAGGGCGUGA